CCCCCCAGCCGUCGGGCCGAAUCAUGGCUUCAUGAGCUCAAGCCAUGCGGUGUAUCCAAAGGCAGCUGAUCCUCGGUCGGAGCCCCUGGUGAGGGUAGAGGACGACGUUGCAGGUUACACCUCUGGGAGCUUUGGCGGAUUGGGGUGCGUGCAAUCCAUACCCAAGGUCGGUGAAAGUUGCCGGCACUAUUUGAAUGAGGAGCUGCCAGCACCUUCCGCGCCAAGCCAAGAGACCUCCAGUCACACGCAGGACUCGUCCAUUCAAUCGCCUUCAGCCCAGGCCCAGACGCACCUGGUUUUCGAUCUCGGCGAUGAGUCGCAAUCAUCCUCAUCGAGAUCAACGGUACCAGUGCUCGAGAGCCCGGAGAAUGUGAACCAGCACGGCGGCGCCGUGCCUGAUCUUGGAUCCGACGGCAAUGGCGAGAAGAACUACAGUGAGUUUCUGGCUUACGUUCGCCGUGGUGGACAGCGGCACCACGAUAUGAACUACUGGCUACAGAGAAUUCCGGUGAAUCAGCAUGGACAGCCUUCCUCAAUUGGUUCCAUUGCGCACACGCGGCCAGAGGCGUCAAAAUGUAAGCCAUGCAUUUUCCUGCACACAGCUGCUGGAUGUGCUCAAGGACCCGAGUGUGCUUUCUGCCACCUCACGCACAGAUUCCGCAUGUGCAAAGCAAAGCGCGAAAGGACUCGUCGCCUGCUGGAGCGAUAUGAGCAAUAUGCUGACAAUGGAUGACUUCAGCCGUUCAGCGUCGCAGAACGUCUGAGCAUCGAAGCGGUGCGUUUUUUGAAGCCGUGCACUUUUGAAGCUGUGCGUUGACUUAGGGUUCCAAACUGCCAAACGUGG